CAAAAUAUUUGUUCGAAAAAGCAUAAACUGUCGAAUAAAAUUUUUUGUUUUCCCUCUCUACGAGUGACUUUUUUGUUCGGCAUGUGGGCCGAUGGGAUCACCGUCCCUGCGUUCCUUUUUGUAAAACGUGGAAGGAGUUGCAGUAAACGUCAAUUCAGAUAGUUUUCGUGCCAUGAUGAGAGAUUAUAGUAUCCAAAUAUUAAAGAGAAUCAUUUAUACGAUGUGUGGAUGAUUAUUUGAAGCGGCGAUAUCUACUCUCUGUUAAAACGAAAUUGAAGUCCCCAGUGCAGCUGUAAGGGGCCACAGACACUCUAUUGGUCUUUCGGUCGACGGUUCGUGAAGCGGUUAUGUGAUUUAUAGUCCGUAAAGUCUAGAAGCAUGGAUGAUUACUAUACAGCUGUGGUCGGGUUGCCAGCUCAGUACUUUAGCGGCAAUGGUUGCCGUACUACUACUUCCAAUAAUUGUGGGCUCCUGCAAGUGUGGUGCUGUGGAUAUGUGGGGAAAGGUUGGUGGACCGAUUUGGCUCAACAUUUUAGGUUGCUCAUAUUCACCACGAGAAGGCAUUUCAUUUUCGAGUGAAAUCAUAAUGAAAAUAAUAAUUGCGAUAUUUUGGUGUUCAGCAUUCUACACAAUUCAUCAAUUAGAUUUGACUGAGGCCUUCAGAAACUGUGAUGAGGAUGAUAACGCGAUGAUGGAAUAACUGUGGAAGAACAAAUGAGUUUAACGGCAGUGUCCGCCGUAUAACAUGCCCAAUGUAUAUCUCAUAUGACCUUCAAGCUCCAGCCCGACUCUAACAACCUCUUUGCCGCAUUUAGAUGAGUUGGUUACCUAACAGUAAUCUCGUAACGGUGUACGGAUAAUGUCUAUUCGCUUUGCCUACAUGAUAAAUGAGAUGUAACGAACCGCUACAAUAACAAACAAAAAAGGAAUAUUUUUUCAUUCCUCGUCAUUUAUCCCCAUGAAUUGGAGUAAAAUCUCUCCUUGUAUUUUUUUUUCUUCGAAUUCAGAAAAUUUUGCAUUUACCUGAUUAUGAUAGCAUUAUUUUGAUUAU